GUAGUUCAUAUUUUGUCCAUACUUGUCGCUGAGGUCAUAUUGCUCUACGAGCGAGAGCUAGAGAACAGCCUUAAAUGAUGUUUGUGUAUAGCUCAAUGUUUAUUAUAUUUGGAUUAUUUUUCAUGUUUUUUUGUGACACAUCUUUAGCAAAAUGUAAUCCAAUCAGCCUUUGUACUUGCGUCGUUCCUAAUAAUGAAGUUAAGAAAUUAAUUAACCUUAUAGAUAAAGGAAUAUUAGACAAGAAAGUGUCUCAUACAUUGUAUAUCGAUUUUUGUGCAAAUGUACCAGUAAAAACUAACGAUGAAUUCCAGUGUACUAAACAAAAUGGAUCGCUCUGUGCUACCAGUUCUUACACAACAAAAUUUACUGACUUAGGAAUUGUGAAUCAGUCAAAUAUAAACUUGGUAUUAGGAUACAAUGAUAUAACAAUAUCUAUUAUUAAUCCAAAUUCAACUGUUAAUGUAAUAACAACCGUUAAUUGUUACACAGGAUGUACCACACGAUUUGUUUCCGAUAAUAUUAUCUAUCACGUUCCACCAUCAGGAACAAUAAAUCCAUGUAAAAAAGAAAUGUCUACUGGCACCAUUUCUAUGGGAUCUACUUUAGUAAUUCUAUUAUUUGUGUUCAGUGGAUUAUAUUUUAUCGGUGGUGCGAUAGCAUUAAAAUUGUUAAGAGGUGCAACCGGUUGGGAAAUGUUACCAAAUCAUGAGUUCUGGUGUGAUCUUCCAUCGCUUAUUCGAGAUGGCAUUACUUUCACAUUUAACUGCUGUAGAGCAGAUAGUUACGAAAGAAUAUAAAUCUCUAAGGCAAUUCUAUUUAUAUUAUUUUUUUAUACUAUAUCUAAUGUGUACAAACUUGGCCCUACUUUAUACAUCUUUAAAUAGUGUGUUUAUAAAUAACCAAAAUGUUAAAUCUUUCUCUAGAUUUUUAAAUUGUGACAUAUCUGUGCUAUGACAUUUGAUAAUGGAGAUAAAAGUUAUUUAAUAUAGCAUAUACAGUUGCUUGUUACUAAUGUAAUUUAUAAUCUGAAAAUUUUACUAUUUUGUGAACAUUAAUUAUUUUACAUAUUUUUUACAGUAUACAAGCAUAUACAUGCAUCUAUAAUCACACACUACAUACACACACACACGCACACACGCAUAUAUAUAUAUAUGUUUAUACCUAUAUAUAUAUAUAUAUAUAUGCACACAUAUAUAUAUAUAGACACAUAUAUUUUAUUAUUUUUGCCUACAUAUAUUAUCGUGUACAUACUAUAAAUGAGAGAAUGUGAUAUUUGUUAUGGAUUUAACGUAUAAAUGCUAGUAUAUAUUAUAAUAUUAAGAUACAAAAAUAAAUCUCAAUUAAGUUUCUUUAAGCAAAAGACAAUGUAAGAAGAAUAAAGAGUAAUAAUGAGGUACCAAAAAUAAAUUUUUAUUUAUUUUGCUUCAUUUUGUAAAGUAUCGUGAAAAUUUUAGGAUAAUGGGGAUGAUUAUUGUAAGACAAUAUAUUUUAGGCUUUUUUAAGAAUAUAGUAAAAACGAAUGUUUUAUGAUAAGGUAUUGUUAUUAUAGAAAAGUAUAUAAAUUUAUUUAAAUGUUUUAUAAUCAUAAAAGCAAGAUCUCAUAUUUUUCAAUAAUCGAACAAUAAAUAAUUAUUUCACGUGUGAAAAUGAAUAAAAUCUUAGAAAGUUAGACUCUAGAAUAAUUUGGUUGAAUGAAAUAUAAAGAAAAAAAUGGCAAUGAGCGAUCUCGUUGAUUACAUUUUGUUUUUAACAUGUGUAUGUACAAAUUUAGAACUUUUCUAAAUUUUCCACACGAUAAACUACACAAACUUUGUUUGACAUUGAUCCAAAUAUAAUAUUAUGUCUUUUUUUUUUUUAAUUUCAUUAUUUUCUUUUUAGAUAAGAAAUUUCUAAAAUACUGAGAUGAUUGAACAAAAAUAACAAUCUCAUACUUUUUAAUCAUUCAAUGGGUGUAUAGCUGAUGGUCAUUGCCUCCAAUAAAUACAUAAUCCAUUUUAAUAACUUUCGAUACCAUCAACAGGAAUAGAGACUUCUCGAUCAGUUUGUAUGACUAUCCAGUUGCCAUUGGCAUUUAAACCACUUAUGUUAAUACCCUUUGAUGAAAAGACAUUAACAAUAUCAGCUACACUUUGUACGCUGUUUGCACGGUACAGAGAGAUAUGAUUCGUCAGUGUUAUGUCAUUAGGGAAGAGAGCAUCGUCAACUGAGAGUAAUAAUGGCUGGUUAUCACGAAUUGUUCCUAUAUAAUUAAUAUAAAAA